GGCUUCUGAGGUGGAUGCAUCAUGAGAACAUGAAGGCAUGGAUUAUCCCAAGUCUGAUCUUGGCGUCUGUAUGGGUGAAAUGGGCGGUGGGGCUAGGCUCAUAUUCCGGUCAAGGGACGCCACCCAUGUAUGGCGACUACGAGGCUCAAAGACAUUGGAUGGAACUGACCAUUCAUCUACCGGUCCGGCAAUGGUAUACCUAUGAUCUUCAAUAUUGGGGACUCGACUACCCACCACUGACGGCAUAUAUCUCAUGGUUAUGUGGUACUCUUGGCGCAUGGAUAGACCCCUCCUGGGUCGCGCUCGAUCGGUCCCGCGGGAUUGAAACAUCUAGCAGCAAGGUGUACAUGCGGUUUACGGUUCUGGCCUUUGACACCUUUGUGUACGUCCCCGCUCUCCUCAUGUUUGCCAAGGUCUGGCAAGGCACCCGCUCGGCACGACGACAGGAACUGGCACUCGCGACAUUAUUGUUCCAGCCGGCAUUGAUUCUCAUCGACUUCGGUCACUUCCAGUACAACUCCGUCAUGCUUGGUUUCACGCUUCUGGCGGCAAACUUCUUCGCAGCAGAGCACGAUAUUGACGGCGCCAUUUGUUUCGUGCUCAGUCUCGGCUUCAAGCAAAUGGCGUUAUAUUAUGCUCCGGCAAUUGGCUCGUACCUACUUGCCAAAUGUUUGUACCUCGGUCCUGCGGAAGGCUCAAGACUAUUCUUGAAGCUGGCCGUAGUGACGAUCGUGUCAUUUGUUGUUCUCUUCCUUCCCUUCCUGCCGCCUUUCGCCCCCGUAUCCGCGAUUCUCGACCCUAUCACCCGUAUCUUCCCCUUCAAUCGCGGUCUCUUUGAAGACAAGGUCGCCAACUUCUGGUGUGCUUCGAACGUCGUCCUAAAGUGGAAGCGCUGGGCCUCUCAAGAUCUACUGGUCAAACUAUCUGCUGCCCUCACUGCGCUUGGAUUCCUGCCCGCCAUUGCCACAUUGCUGUACAGCGCGUACAAACUUCAGCUCCAAAGUGCCCCUCGGGACAGUAGAGCGAAGGCUGUUCAACCGACGCCUCUCUUGCCACUGCUUCCAUUUGCUAUGCUCACAUCCUCACUAUCGUUCUUCCUGUUCUCUUUCCAAGUCCACGAGAAGACCAUUCUCGUGCCGCUUCUCCCUAUGACUUUGCUGCUGUCCGGAUCGUCGCCCGACGAACAGACAUUCGAACUCGGUAUGCUCAUGAACAACGUCGCGGUGUUCAGUAUGUGGCCUCUCCUGAAGAGAGACGGUCUUGGAGUACAAUACGUCGCUUUGCUCAUCAUAUGGAACAAAUUUGUCGGGUAUAACCCCUUCAAAGUGGGCAAGAAAUCAUGGCUCCAGCUGCUCUCUAUAACGAUCUAUGCCGUCUGCGCCGUACUACACGUCGCCGAGGCCCUGUUCACCCCUCCUGCUCGCCUCCCCGACCUCUUCCCCGUCCUCAACGUGCUCGUCAGCACCCCCGUUUUCGCCCUCGUCUGGCUCUGGAGCAUCAAGCGCGGCGUCGAGGUUAGCUGGGCGCUGGGGGGUCUUGGAUCGCGCUCGAACACGCACGCAACGCAACCCCCAACGUUAAAGAAGCCCCUUCCUUUCCCCUCCGAUGGCCGCCCCGACAAAGCCUUGGGCAAUGGAGAGGCGCCUGUCGAUGGACUGUCGUCCGUGCGCGGUUCCGGUUUCCGCACGAUGAGCUUGGGUUUCGCGGAGGGCCGCAGGAGGAAGGUCAGGAGUGGGAGCGUAGACCUCCACUAG